CUUCGCCGCAGGGUCAUCGCCGUCAGCUACGAGGCGCGCGCGUUCGGCGUGGCGCGGGGCAUGUGGGCGGCCGAUGCCCGCAAGCUCUGCCCCGACCUGCUGGUGGCGCGAGUGCCGCAGGCGCGCGGCAAGGCCGAUCUCACCAGGUACCGGGAGGCCAGCCUGGAGGUGAUGGAGGUGAUGUCACGCUUCGCCGUGAUCGAGCGGGCCAGCAUCGAUGAGGCGUAUAUGGACCUCACGAAUGCCGUGCAGGAGAGGCUCAGAAAGAUGCGGGGGCAGCCUGUCCCUGCAGAGCUGCUGCCUACCACCUUCAUCCAGGGCCUGCCUGAUGACACUGACGCUGCAGCAGCACAGGGUGGGAGCACAGACUGCAAAGAGGAGCUGCGGCAGCGUGGCUUGCACCAGUGGCUCAGUUCCCUGCCUUUCGAUGACUCCAGCUGCCCGGACCUGCAGCUGACCGUAGGAGCAGUAAUCGUGGAGGAAAUGAGGGCAGCUGUAGAAGAAGUCACUGGUUACAGGUGCUCGGCUGGGAUUUCACACAAUAAGGUACUGGCAAAACUGGCCUGUGGGCUGCACAAGCCAAACCGCCAGACACUAAUACCCCUGGGACGUGUCCCGCAGCUCUUCAGCCAGAUGCCCAUCAAUAGCAUCCGCAACCUAGGUGGGAAGCUGGGCGCCUCUGUCAGUGAGAUCCUGGGGGUGGAGUACAUGGGGCAGCUGACCCAGUUCAGCAUGUUGCAGCUCCAGACUCACUUUGGAAACAAGACUGGGUCCUGGCUUUAUGAUAUGUGCAGAGGGAUUGAACAUGAGCCUGUGAGACCCAGGUAUUUGCCCCAGUCCAUCGGCUGCAGCAAGAACUUCCCCGGGAAAACAGCUUUGGCUACUCAACAGCAGGUGCAGCACUGGAUCCUGCAGUUGGCCUCGGAACUGGAGUCAAGACUCGGCAAGGACAGGAGCCAAAAUGGCCGCGUAGCCAAGCAGCUGAUGGUGAGCAUCCGCAUGCAAGGUGACUUGAAACCCCACGGCCUGACGCGGUGCUGUGCCUUGGCCCGCUAUGAUGCCCACAAGAUCAGCACUGAUGCCUUUGCGCUCAUCCGGAACUGCAACAUGGCUGGAGCCCAGCAGGCUGCAUGGUCCCCUCCACUUACAAUGCUUCUUAUGUCUGCAAGCAAGUUCUCUGAAGCUCCCACCCUCCUCCCUGCAGGCAUUGCCACCUUCCUGACCAGUGAAGCCCCAACAGCUGGUGCCACAGCACCCGUCAGCCCCAAUGCUAAGUCCCUUGGGAGCCCAAGGAAAGAGCCUGGCAAGAAGCCAGUGAAUGCCAUUGAUUCCUAUUUCCAGAGGGCAGCAGAGAAGCAGCAAGCCUGUGCUGCUGCAGGGCCCUGUGUACCUGCUGUCAUUGGUGCAGGCUCAUUGUUGCCUUGUCCUGAUAGACACCAGGACCUAGAAGAUCCCAUGCUCAAUACAGUUCAGAGUCCAGAAGCCAUUGUGAAGCAAAGCCCCAAGGGGGGCAACUCUCCCUCUUCUAAGCCACUUCCCUGUGAGGAGUCAUCUGGUGCUGCAGGAACCCCCUCUGCUGCCCUAGCACCCAGGACCACCCUGAAAGCAGAACCAGAAGCUGCUUCAGAACAAGCUGCUGAGUGGAAGGAGGGGAGUUUAGCACCUUCUUCUGGGUGUGGCCAGGCCCCCCGCACUUCUCCAGGGGACCAGUUGCUCUGUGAGAAGUGUGGCCAGCAGGUGCUGGUUUGGGACCUCCCAGAGCACAUGGAUUAUCACUUUGCAGUGGAGCUGCAGAACUCCUUCACAGAGCCCAGCUUCCCCCGCACUUCCCCUGUGCCGACCAGUCCUUGUGCCAUGCCUCUCAGUCCUGCCAAUGGCAAAAGCAAGCCCAAGACCCCCACAAGCUCUAGCGCAAAGCGACGUAGACAGGGAGUUACCAGGACUCUGGACUACUUCUUUAAACGGCUGCCUCCCUAAGCCUGUGCCCAGCCAGGUGCUCCAGAACGAUUUUAGAAGGAACUGAUUUUGUUUUUUAAAGUUUUUAUCCUUUCUGUCAAUUUUUAUCUAAUAAAUGUUUCUUCUCCCUU